ACAGAGUAGUACGUAAGCUCUUUACAAAGGUCGGUGUGACCGAACCGGUGCAAUUUUAUCGCUUGGGCAAAAUGAUGUCCCUAGCCUCUCGUUCUGGGGCCCUGGCCCCACACGUUCAGGCGACCAAUGUUGGAGUGAAAGCUUUAACAGCAGGAACUUUUAACAAAACUGAAAAUGCGAAGAAAACCCUUGACUCCAAGACGAGGCCUUCCUACGCCAACGGUUGUGCUGGAGUCCGAUAUGCCCACACAGACAUCAAGAUCCCGGACUUUUCCGACUACCGGCGUCCAGAUGUGAUGGACCCUAACAAGUCCUCGCAGGAGAGCAGCGAAGCCAGGCGGACCUUCUCCUACAUGCUGACCGGCGCCACCUCCAUCGUGGGCGUCUACGCUGCCAAGACGGUGGUGACGCAGUUUGUUUCCUCCAUGAGUGCUUCGGCCGACGUGCUGGCCUUGUCCAAGAUCGAGGUGAAGCUGGGCGACAUCCCCGAGGGCAAGAACAUGACCUUCAAGUGGCGUGGGAAGCCCCUGUUCGUGCGCCACCGCACCGACAAGGAGAUCGACAUCGAGAACGGCGUGGACCUGGGUGAGCUCCGCGACCCCCAGCACGACAAAGACCGCGUCCAGAACCCUAAAUGGGUCAUCGUGCUCGGAGUCUGCACCCACCUGGGCUGCGUGCCGAUCGCCAACGCCGGGGAGUUCGGUGGCUACUACUGCCCUUGCCACGGCUCCCACUACGACGCCUCUGGCCGCAUUCGCAAGGGACCGGCCCCCCUCAACCUGGAGGUCCCUUACUAUGAGUUCCCCGACGAGGAGACGGUAAUUGUGGGCUAGACUAGUUAGGGCUCAAGACAGACUGAUACUCCCUCGAUGUGUGUGUUCUGAGUUACAUGUGUCCAGCCAAAUCUAAAGUAUAAUAAAUAUUCUUUUAAAACACA